AUGGUGUAUAAGGACCGUGGCCCUUCUGACCCUCCUGGAAGUCCCCAAACCGGUGACCUCAUUGAGAUCUUCAGAUCAGUCUAUCAGCACUGGGCUCUGUACUUGGGCAAUGGUUACAUCAUCAAUCUGGUACCAGUGGGCAAGAUCCGGGUGGAGUCCAAGUCCAGUCUGAAGUGUGUGUUGAGCCGGAAGGCAGUCAUUCGCUUGCAGCCACUGAAGGAGGUUGUUAAGGGUGAUUCAUACUGCAUCAACAACAAAUAUGAUGACAACCACACCCCCCUGCCCAUCUGCGACAUUGCUCACAGAGCCUGGCUCUUCAUUGGCCAUGAGGUGCCCUACGACGUACUGAGCAGCAAUUGUGAACACUUUGUCACCCUACUGCGCUAUGGAGAAGCCGUUUCUGAGCAGGCAACCUGGGCCAUUGAGGCCAUCAAUUUGGUGACAGCAGCUACUGGUGCAUUGUCUGUGCUGGGAAUCGUCAACACCCACUAUCGAAACGGGCUGUUCUAA